AUGUGCACGUUAAGAUCUAGAUUUCUCUUCCUUUUGUUCCUUUUUUUGGGAAUAUCGAACAUUUUGAUAAUAAUUAAUUAUCAAUAUGGCACGAAAUCCAGCAAAUAUUUUGUUGAUAGCAAGGAUCAAAACCAGGAGCGUCUGCUCGUUAAUUGGAAAGGAUUGCAAAUCGAAAUUGACACAACUUUCCAGAAAUUUAAAGAGAUUAGAAAAAGGGAGGGAAAAGCUUUUAAACAAGCUGCACUGUACGGAAAGAAAUUGACCCUUAAAGUCAACAUAAGUGAUGAACAUGGACAAGUAAAGUCGACUUCUUCUUCGCCUGAUUGUAAUCCGGCUCCAUUUCUUUUAAUACAAAUCCAUUCCAGUCCGGCAAACGUCAUGGAAAGACAAGCCAUUCGAAUGUCCUGGGGACGACCGGAAAACAGGAUCAACAAAGCUAAUGGUUGGAAGCAAGUCGGCAUGUCUGGGUAAGAAAUUAAUUUCAUAGAACCUGCAGUGACAUUUUUGUUGAAUUAACCGAUCGGUUGUUUAUGUUGUAGACACUUGAAUACAACUGGAGGGUCCCCACUCGUUAAGUAGCAGGAGCAGCCUGUAUAUACGAGCAUAUGUUCCUUGACGAGCAUAUGCUUUGAACACGUUUCGACAAUGUUUUCUCAUUCUGCACUGGAGAUUAGCCAAUGUAUACUCUAGAGAAAAAAAGUAUCUGCUCAUUUAAAUAAAGAGAAAAAAAUUGAUAGGUAACUUCACUCGUUUGACAGAAAUCUACCUCUCUGAGGAGAUCCAGCCUUAAGGCAAAGGCUGCCAUGUUUUAAUGCGCGUCCUAUAUAUGCGUAUGGAUGUGCAAUGCAAUACCAAGCAAUACACUAAGUAACAGUCACAGAGCAUUUUCCUUUCUAGAGUAGAGAUUUUCUCUGAUCAUUAAAAAACUUAAAUAAAGGGAUUUAUAGUUAUAGUGAAGUGAAAUGGUUAGAUCAGUCUAAUACUAAAAGUACUCUAAUUUCGAGAACGCAACAACAAAAUUUUAAGAGGGGUCCAUAUGGCAUAUUUGAUAUUGAAAGCAGGGCUUGCCGGAAAAUCUCAGCAACAACUGAUAAUACGACCGGCUCGAAAACGAAUCAGAAACAUUAAGGCCAGUUACAUAAUACCACACAAAAGCGUGCGGCGGAUUUGAUCACAUUUAGUUGUCAGUUUUACAAUUAACAUGAUGCAAAGCGACUCGCUCUUCAUAUUCACAAACAUCAAGAGAAGUACAAUUCUCUCAACUUAAACGCUUCUUCAGUAAAACUUCAUAACCUUACAAGUCAUAAGAUAUUAUGCAACAGCUUUCACCAGGUGUCUACUGUUCUAGAUUUUAAUCCACUCAGAAAGAAAUAAUUUCCCUGCAACAAAAAAAAUCAUUCAACUCUUUCUAAGAGUCAGACAACUUUAGGGAUCGCCCUGUGUUUCCGUCUUAGAGAGAUGUCCAUCUUAUAGAGAGUCAACUCUCUGUUUUAUAGAGAUUCAAGUAAAGGGAAAAAAGAAAGACAAGAACCAACACUAGGUCUCCUUUUUAGGGAGGUGUCUGUCUGAUAAAGGUGUCAGUCAAGAAAGAGUUGACGAUAGUCGCUUUUCUUUGGUGUGUUUCAACUCCAGUGAGCAGAGCUGAACAUCAAGAUGAAGUCACUUUUGAUAUAAAGAGACUUACCUAUCCUUGAAAGUUACGUGAGAUAUCAAAAAACAAGUGAAAGAUUAUUUGAUAUAUUUCCCUGAAAAAGGCCGAGUAUUUCAUUGACGUAAUCGUAUGGUUCUUUUUGGAUUUAAGGUUGUGGAAAACGGUGUUCCUCGUAGGCGAGACGAAAAACCCCAGGCUAGACAAAUUGCUCCGGCAAGAGGCCAAGAUCCACAAUGAUAUGGUAUUUGGAGAUUUUAUAGAUUCCUACAGAAACCUGACAAAGAAGAUGGCAUUGGGGAUUGAAUGGGCAGCCAAGCACUGCCAGGCUCAGUAUGUAAUGAAAGCAGAUGAAGACUCCUUUAUUAACGUAUUUCAACUGACCCAGUUUCUUAUGGAAAGCAAGCAAACCACACCUCUGUAUAUGGGUGCCGCUUUUCUAGAUAGGAGGCCUUUCCGUGAGCCAGACGAUCCUUGGUACGUGUCAGAAGAGGAAUACCCUGAUUCCAAGUAUCCGCCCUAUGCAUCUGGACCAGGCUAUGUUUAUAGUGGUAGCCUUUUGACAAAGUUGUUCAGGGCUUUAAAAACCGUGCGAUUAUUUCCCAACGAAGAUGCAUGCUUUGGAUACCUAAUGCAACAUAUCAAAGUUAACCUGACGGAUAACGAAAGGUUUACGCCAUUUACGAUGGGAAACGCUGUUUACUCGGAGAACGACGGAUUUAGCUUGUGCAACUUUAAUGGUGCUCUAGUCAUUCACCGCAUUUCUGGGAAAUUGCAAAUUCAAACGCAUUUUAACGUCCUGGUCUUAAAACACGUUCCAACCAUAUGCGAACACAUUCACAAUGGGAUAGGCUAUACAGAAUAUAUGUGGAGCACAAAUUUGUUUUCCUUUGCAGGCGUCUCUGAUGAUAAAGACGACGAGGACUAG